UACUCUAUAAUUAAAGCUGAUGAUUGAAGCAAAAGAUUGAAUUCGCAUUUUUGUUCUCCAAGUGAUAUAUAAAUAAAUUAUUCGUUUAAGAGGAAAAAUAUACCAAUCAAAAACUAUAAAAUCUUCACUGCUGCGCAUUACAUGUCAUAAUAUAGUUUAUCUAUUUAUAGUCAUUGUAGUCCAAUUUAUACUCGCUGUCAGAAAGAUUGUUAUUGUUUAAAGUUAAGAUAUAUUAUUUAUAUCAUAUAAUAAUUAACAGUAGUAGUUGUGAAGAUAUUAUAAAGUUGUUGUGUAUUCUUUUUAUAAGGUUAAAAACAUGAAUGACGAAGAUAUUUUAACAACCCUUAAAAUACUGAUUAUUGGAGAAAGUGGUGUGGGUAAAUCGAGUUUACUUCUACGUUUCACUGAAGACAACUUUGAUCCUGAACAAACAUUAACUAUUGGAGUAGACUUUAAAACAAAAAGAAUAUGUGUUGAUGGAAAUCCAGUUAAACUAGCCAUUUGGGACACUGCUGGUCAGGAACGGUUUAGGACAUUAACACCUUCAUAUUACAGAGAUGCACAGGGAGCUAUUCUGGUCUUUGAUGUUAGCAGCUACACAACAUUUGCCAAAUUAGAAACUUGGUUAAAUGAAUUGGAAACUUAUUCUACAAAAAGUAAUAUUGUUAAAAUGAUAGUGGGUAAUAAAAUAGAUAUGGAAAAUAGAGAAGUCACUAGAGAAGAAGCAAUGAAAUUUGCAAGAAGGCAUCAAACAUUAUACAUAGAAGCAAGUGCAAAAACAAGAGAUGGAGUGGAAUGUGCAUUUGAAGAACUAGUACACAAGAUAAUUCAAACACCUGGCCUUUGGGAGUCAUAUGAUGGAAACAACAUUCACAUAGGAGAAAAAGAUCAUCCACCACAAUCAAAUUGUGCUUAUUGUAGUCUAGUCUAAUAUAGUAAUAAAAUGUAAAUACUAACCAUGUACAUGUAUAUAAUAUUAAAAUAUUUUUUAACCAAUGUAAUUCAACUUUAAUUUUGAGAUAAUUUAUAUUUAAUUUAUUAACAGAUACUUUAUAUCUUUUUUAUAAUUCAAUAAAAUUAGAGCUAAUUGUUGCA